AUGGAAGAGAAUCCUACAGCUUGUUGGAAAGCUGUGCAAGACGGAGAUCUCUUUUAUACGCGGCACCAAAUCUACUCGAUUCCCGGAAAGCUACCCGAUGUCAGUGAUCUCCAUUCAAUCAUGCGCGAUACGACGGAGGUGGUCGCGUUAGGCAGUGAGACAUCUUUAUUCGGCAAGUCGCAGAUUCAAGUCUUUUCCUCAGCUGGAGAGCCACUGCUGGUCUUCAGUGUGGGCCAGCGGAAGAUCGUUAGGUUUGGCUGGACUGGCGAUGAGUCGUUGGUCGUACUCAACGAAGAAGGCGACGACUAUCAACAGCUGGCGGUCUUUAUUCUCGGCGCGCGGGUACAUGAGAGUGACGCUGUGGCUUUGACGGGCUCAUUGACUCUCUUGGAAGUAAAUGACUGGGAAGGUGGCAAGCUACUCACGCUUGUGAACUCAGAUAUGCCUCUGCUGCACUCAUGGGUUGUCAUCCUGCCCGACCGCACAAUAUCACGGCACGUCGAGGUUCUACUCUCACUUGACGCGUCAAUAUACAACGUGGACAAUCUCGAGAGCAUCGACCAGCGGGUCUGUCGUGGUCGGUUCACACAUGUAUCUCCCUCUCCAAACGGCAAGUCGCUUGCGCUGCACACCCUCGCAAAACUAGGUACAAUGAACGUCCCUGGUGCAGAUGGCCACGUCAGACAGGUUGGAUCGUGCGGGAAUGAUGCUGUGCUAGUGACAUGGGACUCGCUUGCUUUGCUCGUUGGACCAUUCGGACCGAUGUUUGCCAUCACUGAGACUGACGGUGCGCGGAUCGCGGGACCGGAUAGCUGCGGCUCCAUACAGAAAGUCUCGCGAAAGCAUCAUGGUGACCACCGCCCACCAGCGUCUUCUCUCUCUGUGUUUCGGCUCGAGUCGAUCGCUCCAUCUGCCAUUCUGUGUAACGCAUGGGAGGAUUUCACACUUUGGUCACCAAAGGCGGACGAGAACAUCAGGAAUGUUCGCCCCGAGUUGGACGUUGCUGUCAAUGAAUGCAUUGACGCUGCCGGCCGGGAGUGGGAGUCGUUCUGUCAAAGGCGGCUGUUGAACGUGAGGCGGCAAAAUUUAGACUGGGAUUUUUUGAAUUUGUAUGACCCCUCGGAUUUCGUUCAGAUGGGGCAAACUCUCAAAGUACUCAAUGCUGUGCGCUUUAUGAAAUCGCCCGCAACCCUGCGUGUACUUGAUCUUCCUACCUCAUCGUAUCUAUCGUUCAAAACUGAUGCAGUGUUCAUGCGUUGGGCCUGUGCAAAGAUCAUGCGGUCAAAGCCGACUGCCACAGAUUCGGGGAGGGACGCAGAAUCAGAUGGUGAUGAUGCUGUUUGCCGUUCCCUUCUGAAGAAGUUUGAGAAGCUCGGCGGAGGUGAUGUUAGCUACGCCGACAUCGCGAAGCGCGCAUGGGGAGUGAGGCGAGCACAUUUAACCACGAAGCUUCUAGAUGACGAGCCUCGAGCGUCCGAUCAGGUCCUGCUGCUGCUCAGCAUAUUGGCACUUGGCUCGUUCUUCCAGCUCUUCCAGCUUAUUGAACAGGGCGGACCGCAACUCACGCCAGUAAUCAAGGUCAUGCUCCAUGACUUCUACUGUUCGGAUGAUCGGCACAUCGAGAGCGUUGUUCUCCGUCUCGAGGAAGCCGCAACAAUGUCACAACUCAUAAUCCUUUACGAUCCUAGUUCGAGGAUCUCAUCCAACAAGGCAGCACGGAAGUGCUUCUCUGAGGGUAAGGAACGUGGUUUCCAAGCAAAGGUAUCGCAGCAGCAGCUCAAGAAGGAGACUGAUGGGAAGAUCGCUUUCUUUGGCUCAAGCAUAAACGAGACAAUUCGGUCAUGUCUCGUCAAUGGCGUGGUGAAGAGGACGGACAAACUGAAGUCAGAGCUCAAGGUACCGGAUAAACGAUACGUCAUGGCUUGCUUCCUUGCGCCAAGACGUGGCUUCUGGUAUGUGAAGCUUCAAGCCCUUACAGCAGAAUAUUCCAAAUUUGAGGCUCUUACUCACGUUGCGCCAUGCGACGCGCGCAGACGCGUAGAUCUAUACAUGGCAGAGAAGGAGUGUAAAGACAGAGGCGACAAAGGAAAGUUGGAGCAGUUGAGGAAGUCAUGUCUCAACGCCUUCAUUGCAAGGGAGUUGGAUCAGAUUGCAGCGUCACGCGAUGAAAUGACCGGAAUCGGAUAUCUGCAGAGACAAUUGAAUGAGUGUCAUCGCGUGGCUGUUUGA